CCGAAUGGACGCCGAAGAGGCAAAGACACUGCAUUUCGCCACGAGCAUGACGACCCUCGCGCCGUUCAACCCGACCGGUGCCGGUGCGAUCGACGUCGCCUUGCGCCUCCUUGCGCCGACGAAGGACGACGUCGUCUACGACAUUGGCUGCGGCGACGGGCGGCUACUUGUGGCCAUCGCCAAGCAGUGCGGCAGCCGCUGCGUCGGCCUUGAGUGCGACGCCAGCCUCGUCCAGCGCGCGCACGCCUUGAUCCACGAGCAUGAUGUGACCGACCGCGUCACGAUCCGCCAAGAAGACGCAACGAAGUCUGACUUUUCGGAUGCGACGCUCAUCUUCCUCUACCUCGUGCCCAAGGGCAUUCAGGCCAUGCUGCCCAUGCUCGAGGCCGCCAAGGCGAAUGGCGUCCGCAUUUGCACCAACAUCUUUUCGAUACCGUCGUGGCAACCGACGGCCACCGGCGACUACAAGGGCACCAAGAUCUACUUGUACGCGUAGUCGACCGGCUUGUGGGCUACCUACACUAUUUAUAAAGCUAGUCUUUCAUAUUGCAGACAAUGCAGUCUUUUGCCUCGA